ACACAAUUUUUUUCGAGCCAUACCAUACAAAAUAGUCAUCAAUCCAAAAAGGGCAAAAAAUAGCCUUCUUAAUUAUUUCCCUUUCUUUUUUCACAAUAAUAUUUUUUAAAUGGACGGCAAGAAAUUGGAAUACAAAGGCGACGAAGCACUGAAUGAGCUGGAGAGGCUGACGACUAAAGCAGGUGAAGUUCAACAAGAAAUUUUGAGGAAAAUUUUGGAACAGAAUUGUGAUACAGAAUACUUGAAAAAAUAUUUGGGAAACUCAUCAAUAUCAGCAAAAAACGUGGUUCAUUUUAAGAAUCGUGUUCCUGCAAUCUCGUACAAGGAUAUUCGUCCUUACAUUGUGAGAAUCGCUAAUGGCGAAGACUCCACUCUAAUCACUGCUCACCCCAUAAUCGAGAUGCUUUGCAGCUCCGGGACAUCGGCCGGAGAGCCCAAGUUGAUGCCGUCGAUAGCGGAAGAUCUCGAUCGCCGCACUUUCGUCUACAAUCUCAUCAUGCCUAUUGUCAACCAACAUGUCUCGGGGCUGGACGAAGGCAAGGCCAUGUACCUAUACUUUGUGAAGGCCGAGAUGUCGACGCCGUGCGGGCUGUCGGCCCGCACGGUGUUGACGAGCUACUACAAGAGCGCUCACUUCACGCGCCGCCCCCACGACCCCUACAACGACUUCACCAGCCCCGACGCCGCCAUCCUCUGCCCCGACAGCAACCAGAGCAUGUACUGCCAGCUACUCGCGGGGCUCGUCCACCGCCGCCGCGUCCUCCGCCUCGGCGCCGUCUUCGCCUCCGCCCUCCUCCGCGCCAUCUCCUUCCUCGAGCGCCACUGGCGCGACCUCUGCCGCGACAUCCGCGCCGGCGCCCUCGACGCCGCCGUCUCCGACGCGGCGUGCCGCGCCGCCACCCUGCGCCUCCUCGGCGCCCCCGACCCCCGCGCCGCCGACGAGAUCGAGGGCAUCUGCGGCGGCGCGGCGUCGUGGCGCGGCAUCCUCUGCAAGCUCUGGCCCAACGCCAAGUUCAUCGAGGCCGUGGUGACGGGGUCGAUGUCGCAGUACGUGCCGGCUCUCCGGUAUUACAGCGACGGCCGGCUGCCGUUGGUCUGCACGAUGUAUGCCUCGUCGGAAUGCUACUUCGGAGUUAACAUGAAGCCGCUGAGCGAUCCGUCCGAGGUUUCCUUCACGCUGCUGCCCAACAUGGGCUACUUCGAGUUCAUCCCGCUCGGCGAGGACGGCGAGUUGUCCAUAGAUUUUGACGACGAAGACGACGAGGAGACGGCGCCGCCGCCAGUGGAGCUGGUGGAGCUCGUCGAUGUUAAGCUUGGAUGCUACUACGAGCUCGUCGUCACCACGUUUUCCGGGCUCUACCGGUAUCGCAUCGGCGACGUGCUGCAAGUGACCGGAUUCCACAACGAGGCGCCGCAGUUCCGCUUCAUCUGCCGCCGCAACGUCGUCCUCAGCAUCGACAACGACAAGACGAACGAGGAGGAUCUCCACCGCAGCAUCACCGCCGCCGCCCGCCGCCUCCUGGAGCCCCGGCACGCCCUCCUCGUUGAGUACACCAGCUACGCCGACACCUCCUCCAUCCCCGGCCACUACGUCAUCUACUGGGAGAUCAACGAGGACAUCCACCCGCACGCGCCGCCGCUCCCCGCCAACGUCCUGGCGGAGUGCUGCAUCGCCGUGGAGGAGGACCUCGACUACACCUACCGUCGGUGCCGGACGAACGACAAGUCGGUGGGCCCGCUGGAGAUCAGGGUGGUGAAGCCGGGGACGUUCGAGAAGCUGAUGGAUCUGUUCAUCGCGCAGGGCGGCGCGUCGAUCAACCAGUACAAGACGCCGCGGUGCGUCAAGUCGAAGCCGGCGCUGAAGCUUCUGAAUGCUAACGUGCGCGAUUGCUAUUUCAGUCCCAGAGAUCCCGCCUGGAACGCUUGAAAUUGGAGUGGACCAAGGAAAUAAGAUUUGCGAAUUAGGGUUUUCUUAGUACUAUUCUCUGGCCGUUGAUGGCAGGCUUCUUUGCCACGUGUACAUGAUCUAGCGAUCAUGAUCUUGUUGGGCACAAUUUCGCAUCGCAAGAAAUAACAAUUUUGAUUUGUAGCUA